AUGAGUUUGACUGCAGCAGUGAGCGGAUCUGUCGUCUUCCUUCUCUUCGUGUCAGUGGUACAGGCUCAGGAUGACUGGGGAGUGACUUACCCUUCUCUUCAGAUCUGUGCCUUAAAAGGAUCCACAGUGGAAAUACACAGCACCAACACAUAUCCAUCAUCCACAAUCCAUGACCCGAAUAUUACAGUUGAGGAAAUACUCUGGUUUACAAAACUGAAAGAUAAAGAGCCGUUAGACCUGAGGGUGGACUCAGAUUACACUGGUCGUGUGCAGUAUGUUUGGGAUGAACGCAUCUGUACUCUGAUCAUCAAAGACCUGAAAGAGAACGACUCAGCUGAGUACAAAUUCAGUGCCAAGACAAACCAACCAAAUGGAAAUGUUACUGGUGAACCUGGAGUCACUUUGAAAGUCACAGAUCUGCAGGUGAAUGUGUCGGGAUCAACAACUCAUGCAAGGCUGACGUGUCACAGCAGCUGUGAGGUAUCUGAUAAUCCGUCGUAUAUUUGGUUCAGAAAUGGAAAGGAGAUCUACAGAGGCUCUUCUUUUCGAGCCCCUGUCAAUGAAGACAACACAUAUCACUGCGCUCUUCAAGAACAUGAAGACUACCCCUCUCCUGCAGUGUAUCUUCCAAAAGAUGCCUAUGUGUCACUAAGUCCCUCUGAUGACAUCGUAGAGAGAGAAUCAGUGAAUCUCACCUGUAGCAGUGAUGCUAACCCAGCAGCAGAGUACACCUGGUACAAGAAGAACAGCCGUAGACAGCAUCCUUUAGUGACAAUAGUACAACCGAACUUCACAUCCAUCAAAACCUCUGACUCUGGAGAGUACUUCUGCACAGCUGACAACGGGCUGGGGAGUAUAGCCUCUGGAUCCGUCUUUAUUGAUGUGCAAUAUGCCCCCCAAGAGACUUUGGCGUCAGUGAUUCCCUCCUCUGAGAUAGUGGAGGGCAGGUCAGUGUAUCUGGUGUGUAGCGGUGAUGCUAACCCUGCAGCUAGUUAUACCUGGUACAAGGAGACAGGAAAACGGAGAAGCAAAGUCUUGCCAUCUUACUUCCUUUCUAUCAAGUCGUCCGACUCUGGAAAGUAUUACUGUGAAGCCGAGAACAAGCUGGGGAACAAGACAUCAAGACGCGUCAUUAUUGAUGUGGAAUAUGCUCCAAGGCUUCCCUCUGUGUCAGUGAGUCCCUCUGCUGUGAUAGUGGAGGGCAGUUCAGUGAUUCUGACCUGUAGCAGUGAUGCUAACCCAGCUGCUGGUUACACCUGGUACAAGGAGAAUGAAGACAAACCAAAAGCAUCAGGACAGAUCUUCAACAUUAGUAACUUCAGAGCUAACAACAGUGGGAAUUACUACUGUGAAGCCCACAAUAAGAGAGGGCGUCAUAGCUUCAACUUCCGUCUGACUGUAGCUUCAGGGAUCUCAACAUUCAAAAUAAAUAUCACCAGGUUAAUGCUGUUGGUCUUGGUGUUGAUUCCUCUGCUUCUCCUGCUUCUGUGGAUGAGUCGAUCCUGGAUGAAGAAAACUCUGAGCUCUGCAACUGAACCGGCUGAUCCUCCAGAAAUGAUAGAGGUGAGAGAGACAGAAGUGAUGAAGAUGCAAAAAAGCAUUUAA